GCUUAACUCGGCCACAGCAGCAGUGAGGCCUGUUUUAUUGUCAAAAAGGUAGUCGCAAACCGUCCUUCGGCCUCGCACCACAUCAACACGAUUCUCUCCUGCCCGCCUAACUCCGACGCCCUCGUAGCAAUCUCUGUUUGCGAAUACUGCCAGCGUCCGAUUGCUCAAAGCAACGCAACAGUUCAGUGCCCAAAUCGCAGAUAAUCGAGCUUUAGCGUUUCGAUUUGUCUUCCUUGACCGAGACAGCACGAGUCGCCUCCGGUGCCUGCACCACCUCGCCCACUGCAUCGAGUUGUUAGCGGUGCGUUACAUGCAAGACGAGUGCAAGAUGUCGACAAUACAACAGCUAAAGAAUUUUAUCCGACACGGAAAGCAAGCACGAACGGCAAAUCUUGACGAGCCGACGCGUAAAAAUCAUGAGUCCUCGCCGCCCCGACAACACCAGCCGGUAAAGAACAACAUGGCCGCUCCAAUCUCAGAACCGGCAUUUGGCGCCGUCCCCGCCAGCCAGAAUCGCGCUGCCGUCCCCGAUGCUUACUCAGUCGCCAACGCCGGCGGCCAAAACCGCGCUGCCCAGGCCGGCCAAGCCGCUGCGCACCACGUCGAGGUCGACCAGACGGUGAAUUCCAAGGCGAAGAAGCGAAUCCCCGACACAAACAUCGCGCAACUGGUUGCCGAAGAAAAUGAGAGCCGGAGCACGUUUCCUAGGUAUCCCGGCCUCGAGAGGUGGGAACUCGUCGAGAAGAUGGGCGACGGCGCCUUCAGCAACGUCUACCGAGCAAGAGACCUAGAGGGAACGCAGGGCGAGGUGGCCAUCAAGGUUGUCCGCAAGUACGAAAUGAAUAACAUGCAGAGCGACAAACAUCUCCAUCCGGACUUCAAGCCAAAGGCUCCCAAAGCUGCAGAGCGAGCAAACAUUCUCAAAGAGGUGCAAAUCAUGCGCCAGAUCGACCACCCCAAUGUCAUCAAGCUUGUAGACUUUGCCGAGUCCAAGCAGUACUACUACAUAAUACUCGAACUGGCUCCUGGAGGAGAACUGUUUCACCAGAUUGUACGAUUGACAUACUUUAGCGAGGAUCUGUCGAGGCAUGUAAUCACGCAAGUUGCGAAUGCUCUCGAGUAUUUGCACGAGGAGCGAGGCAUUGUCCAUCGCGACAUCAAACCCGAAAACAUUCUUUUCAGCCCCAUACCAUUUAUGCCUUCAAAGAAUCCGAAGCCCAGACCAGCGGGUGACGAGGACAAGGAAGACGAGGGCGAGUUUGUCAAGGGCUUAGGUGCCGGCGGCAUUGGCCAGAUCAAGAUUGCGGACUUUGGUCUGUCAAAGAUCGUAUGGGAUAACCAGACCAUGACACCCUGCGGUACUGUCGGGUAUACGGCGCCCGAGAUAGUGAAGGACGAGCGGUACUCCAAAUCGGUCGACAUGUGGGCCAUGGGCUGCGUGCUGUACACACUACUGUGUGGCUUCCCGCCAUUUUAUGACGAAAGCAUCGAAGUGCUCACCGAGAAGGUUGCGAAGGGCCAGUUCACUUUCCUCUCGCCGUGGUGGGACGACAUCAGCAAGUCGGCACAAGAUCUGAUCUCCCAUUUGCUCUGUGUAGAUCCCGAGAAGCGCUACACCAUCAAAGAGUUCCUCGCCCACCCGUGGAUUCGCGAGUCUGGCCCGACUCCUCGGGAGGAAAAGAAGGCAGCCGCAGGUACACUGCGCGCGUUCGACGUGUCCAGGAUCGUUGACGGCGACAAGCGGUACGAUUUCCGGUCUCCUGGUGCCGUCAACCUCCGCGAAGUCUUUGACGUUGGUUACGCCGUCCAUCGGCAAGAGGAGGAGGGCAAGCGCCGAAAGCAGGUCGGUGGCAAGGCCGGCGUUUCUCGGCUAGUCGGCCUCAGCGAGAACUCGGACGAGGAAGAGGACGAGGACGCCAACAUAGCUAGAGUAUCUAUCCACAAGCCGGUCCAGGGCUCGACUCGGCAUCUCGAGCAGAGUAUGCGGAACACGCAAAUUGAAGACGCACAAGAGCCCCGAGGGCGGGAUCGCGAGAGGAAGGCCCAUGCUCCGCCAGCCGCUGUCGAACAGAAGGGCUACGGACAGCACUCAGCCGCCGUUACCGCCGCUGCCAGGCAGCAGGUUCGCGACCAGAACCGACGGAAGGGUGCAUUUGAGCUGAACCUCGACGGCGCAACUCUUCUCGGGCGUCGUGGAGUCAAGCCGACUACCCGGGUUGCAUAGAGUGCACCUGGACAGGAAGGCCAUGGCUCAAGCGGAGAAAAUACUACAGCGGGGGACUGCCAGGCCACGGCAGCUGAUGUCGAGGCUGAUACCUGUGACGGAGUUGAUGGAGCGUGAGUGAGCGAGUCGUUAGAUCCACGGACGCUAAUUAUUAUCACUUUAUUCUCUCUCUUCGUGACAUUAUACACUUUAGUCUCUGAAUGUUUAGGAGAAGAUUAUCGAAAUAAACCGGCAGAGAAGGCCUUUAAUAGGUACUUUUGGAGAAGAGAUAGGCCUCUAGGAUUCUAGAAUAGGGGUUCGGAUAGUUAUUGCCUCCCUCGGAGAAAAACCUCUAGGGCGAGCUAUAAGGAAUUGAG